CAGGUUGGAGGUACUCCAUGACACACACUCGGAGGAAGUCCCUUCCCAUGCUGAGUUCAGGCCCCAUUGGCCGCCAAGAGCCCCUGCAGAUGGAAGACAGCAAUAUGGAGCAGGGGGCUGAGGGUGUGGAGCCAGGCAUGCCUGAGAGCCCAGGGCAUCUCACAGGGCGCCGCAAAAACUAUCCACUGCGUAAGCGUCCCUUGGCUCCUGAGAAGCCCAAGGCCUGCAAAGUGCUGCUGACCCGCCUGGAGAAUGUGUCCGGUCCACGGAGUGCAGAUGAGGCUGAUGAGCUGCCCCCUGACCUGCCCAAGCCCCCCAGUCCAGCCCCAUCCAGUGAGGACAUUGGCCUUGCCCAGCCCCGCAAGCGGCGCCUGGCCUCCCUCAACGCCGAGGCUCUCAAUAACCUGCUGCUAGAGCGGGAGGACACCAGCAGCUUGGCAGGCACCCGCCGCAGUCGAGGGGGAGAUCCCCACCGCAGCCGGGACCGUGACCAGACCACUGGAGGCUGGUCCUCCAAGAAGCGGCCCCGGCUGGGGGACCUUGGAGGAGGAAGUCGGGACCUGUCCCCCGAGCCAGCACCAGAUGAAGGCACCCGCCGAGAUGGAGACCCAGCUCCCAAGAGACUGGCUAGCCUGAAUGCAGCUGCUUUCCUGAAGCUGAGCCAGGAGCGGGAGCUACCCCUGCGGCCACCUCGUGCCCAUGCAGAAGCAGAUGGUCGCUCUACUGAGCCCCUGGCACCCAAAGCCCUGCGGCCAAAGUGGGCCAAGGUUAAUGGCAAGAACUGUCCCAAGGUCCGGCAGGGAGCUGGCUCUGGGGAGCCUGCUGGCCCACCUGGCUGGCAAGGGCGCCCUGAUGACCCAUGGCCAUCUGCAACUCCUCGUGGGCCAUCCGUCCAGCCACCUUACCAGCCCCUGAGCAAGGCUCUAGAGAAUCCCUUGAGGCUGCGCCCCCAUCUGCCCCUGCUGAUGGGUGGACAGGCGGCCCUGAAGCCAGAGCCUGGGCGCCCAGGCGAGGAGUCACCUGCCCCCAAGCAGGAACUGCAUCAGCCCUCUUUCCCGGCACCUCAGCUGUCCCCCCUGCCGAUGCCUGGCAACCCUGCCGACUACAGUGGCCUGUGUGUUGGGCCUGAGCUCACUGCACUAGGCAGCUUCUACCUGUAUUGUGGCCAAGACGGGCUGCAGUGUGGGGGUUACUCCCCGUGCCCCAUGCUCCCUGAGGGAAAGCUGUCCCCAGUGGCUGCACCUAAUGAGGGGGUCCUCUUGGCCUCCAGCUCAGUGCCUUCAGGCACUCCUUUCCAGCACCCUCCCUGGGGCUCUUCUCCCUACUCCUCCAGUGAGGACACUGGAGUGAAUGGCUAUGGCAUCUGUGGAGUGUUGCCCCUGUCCUUUGCCCACAUUGGCACUACCUGUGGUGGCUGUCCCUACAAAAUGCCUUUUGCAGCAGAAGGCUGUAGGUCUCUGGGCCAGCUGGAAUUUCCUCUCCCGGAAGCUGGCCACCCAGCCUCACCUGCCCACCCCCUCCUGGGAUGCCCUGUGCCCAGCGUGCCACCUGCAGCAGAGCCUGUCCCCCAUCUUCAGACACCCACUUCAGAGCCCCAGACAGUAGCCCGUGCGUGCCCUCAGAGUGCCAAGCCUCCCAGCGGUUCCAAGUCAGGUCUGCGCACAGGCUCUGGCUGCAGGCACAAUGCAAGGAGCAAGGCUGCCCGCAGGCCCAGCCACCCCAAGCAGCCACGUGUCCAGCGCCCCCGCCCUCGCCGCCGUCGCCGCCGCCGCACUAAUGGCUGGGGGCCUGUUGGGGCUGCCUGUGAGAAGGCCGUUUAUGUCUUGGAUGAGCCAGAACCAGCCAUCCGAAAGAGCUACCAGGCAGUAGAGCGGCGUGGAGAGACAAUCCGAGUCCGGGACACUGUUCUCCUCAAGUCAGGCCCGCGGAAGACAUCCACUCCUUAUGUGGCCAAGAUCUCUGCCCUCUGGGAGAACCCUGAGUCAGGAGAGCUGAUGAUGAGCCUCCUGUGGUAUUACAGACCUGAGCACUUACAGGGAGGUCGCAGUCCCAGCAUGCACGAGCCUUUGCAGAAUGAAGUCUUUGCCUCGCGACAUCAGGACCAGAACAGUGUGGCCUGCAUAGAGGAAAAAUGCUAUGUGCUUACCUUUGCCGAGUACUGCAGAUUCUGUGCCAUGGCCAAGCGCCGAGGCGAGGGCCUCCCCAGCCGAAAGACAGCUCUGGUGCCCCCCUCUGCAGACUACUCCACCCCGCCACACCGCACAGUGCCCGAGGACACGGACCCUGAGCUGGUGUUCCUUUGCCGUCAUGUCUAUGACUUCCGCCAUGGUCGCAUCCUCAAGAACCCCCAGUAGCCUCCUCAUGCCCACACCGGGGCUGCCCAUGGGCAAGCGGGGCUCGGGGCAGGGGACACUGCUUGAAGCACAGCACUUGGUUAAGGGGCCACAGGGGCUGGAGGUUGCUGGCCUGUGGUUCUCUUGGGGGGGAGGGCAGGGGCCUUUAUGUGUCUGGGCCCUAUGGGAGGGAAGGGGAGGCCAGGGUAUAAGAAAAGCAUCAGAGCCUUCAGCUUGGCCCAGGGUGCCUUUCACUGGUCCCCUGGGUGGAGACUCCCCAAGAAGCAGUCUUCCCUGAGGCUGGACCAAGACUGAGGGACGUGGGGCCCUGGGAGGGGAAGGGGCAGAGACGAGAGGCAAGGUCCUUCAGGAACCAGGCCCAACAGGCCCUUCUUGUAGCCACCCGCCUGGCCCUCCAAAGGGGAAAGGGAGCCAGCUUUACCUCACCCACUGUGACCCCUAUCAGCCUGGGACCAGGCUCUCCCAGAUUCUAGCAUAGCUCUGAGCUUGUUCCUUUGAGGUAGAAAGAGCCAGAGUCUGGCUUCCAGAGCAUUGACUUCCUCAUCCUGAACUUGGGGCCUUCCCCUGGCUUUCCUCCUUUGCCCCUGCAGUAGCCACUGGUGCUGGGACAAGUUGACCCGGCCAUUACAGUCAUGGGUGUGGCCCAUUUGUGGGAGUCAGCCUUCUGUCUGCCUCCUGGCACCAGCAAGUCUGGCUUCCCAGAAAGCAAACUGAUCAGUAUGGGGUUUUUCACAUCAGGGAGGGCAGAUGGGUGCUGGGAGAGGGUGGGGGGCAGGGGGCAAGGAAAAUUGCUACCUGAUUUGUUGACGAUUUUUCCUCUUGCCUUACACUUGGAGGUUCUGGGAAACCUCUUGCAGAACUUCACACAUGACUCUUCAAGCCACACCCACCUGAAAUCAAACCAAAGGAGUGCUGUGGCUCCCCUUGCCCUGCCACCCGUGACCCUAGUCUUUUGUAGAUUGCACUAAUUUACAUCCCAGCGAGAAUCAACACUGUAUCAAUCCACAGACCUGCUGAGCUGCAGCCACUCACUCUAGGAGCUAAGGACCUGCAUUUUCAGUUUGUUCUUGCCCAGAGGCCCUGUUCUCACCUCAUGCUGCUCCCCAGAGUAGAGUAAGAGGCUCAGCCCCCUGUCGUCAUUGCCUGCACUAGGCCCUGGCCCUAGCCCUGAGGCUCUUGGUGGGGGGGUUAGAGUGGCCUGGUUAUUCCCUAUUUGUACCAAAGAGGAGCAUGGUGGGGAGAGGAAGUGUAGUGCAGCGUGGCUUGGGCCUGGCACUGGUGACCUGCUAGCUGAGCACUUCCACCAGGGCAUACCCCUGGGGACAGGAGCCAAGGAGGGCAGUACUGGGUCCUCCCCCACAGGGAGAAGCAGACAGACUCAGCAGGCUAAGGAUGUGGCACUGUGUGAGGACAGUCCAGCAGGGGCUAUAGUGCAAGAUGGAAGUGAAUCCAAAGGGCAGCCCUCAGGCCCUGUCCUGUCCCUUGGAAGAUGGGUUGCUCCUGAUUGGUCAUUAUGCUUGAGUGUGGCCUGGAGGCUUCAGAAGUGAAUUUAGGCUUGGGAAGCCUGAUCCCAAACCUGAAGGGAAGGGACUUGGGUCUCCUUGUAUUGAAUAAGCUGUUUGGAGGAAAGCAUCAGUCUGGGAGGGUGGGGCAGUAGGAGAGUUUGUCAGAGUAGCAGUGGGGGCUCUGGAGAGCCAGCCUUGGAGCCUGCUCGUUCCCAGGGUUCUGGGCCCCUGCUGCCCAAGAGACAGCCUCACCCAACAGGAGAGGAGACCAAGGCCUUUCCUCCUAGGAGGCGGGGUCUGCUGCCCAGAACUUAAAUGCUUUUGAAAUCUCUUAGAUGUGGAAAUAUUUUUCGAACCUGAAAAUGCAGCUGGUAGUAAUUCAAUGGAAGCAUAAUCCAUGUAAAAUAUAUUUUAGUUGGUAUUUUGUAAAAUGCACUUUUUGUGUGUGUCGAUCCUGGUUUCCCAGAUCUGUAUUUCAGUGUUUACAAGGGAGGGAGGACCUUUCCUCACCUCUCUUUUGACAGAGAUUAGAAGUACUUUAAGAAAAAAAAUAAAUUUGAGAAGUUGUAUUGAUUUAGAAAAGGAUCA